CUAUUGACCCAUUCUGAUCCGCCAUGAAAAUCUGAAUUGCAAGCUUUUUUCACUUUCUCCAUUUCCCCCCUCCUAUUCUCUCUCCAUUUGACAGAUUCACAAUCCCAAUCAAUCUACGACGCGGCUUCCACAAGAAGACGAAGAAGAAGAAGAGCAAGGAGGAGGAGAAGAAGUUUUUUGUUAUUUCCUCUGCCUCAAGGAAAAAUGGAGGAAUCUCCGAAUGUGGAUCUUCCGACGACGGAGAAAGAAAUCGUACCGGAGAAGAUUGAGGAUGAAGAGAUCAAAGAUCCUUUGUGUCAUUGCGAUCUUUGCGAUGCGGAACUUGUGCAUAAACUCGCUCAGCUUCUUCUUCCUGGAUUAUCCACCGCAUGCGUCGAUAAUACGACUGGAGGUAUCUUUCGAACCCCUGGCUCCGUGGCUGCCGAUAUGAGGAAAGAAAUGGUAGAUUAUUUAACCUUGAGGAGCGAAACUUUUGUUGCGGAAUCUGUAAUCUUAGAGAAUGCUCCGGAUGCGGAGUUAUCCGAUCAUCCUUACGAUAUCAUCUCUGAUUUUGUUGAAGAUUUUUCUCUGUCGAAGAGAAAUUUUUUUAGUAGAGUUUCAGCCUGGGUUCUGAGUGAGAAAAGAGAGGACAAGAUAGACGAUUUUGUUCAGGAAAUGGACGUCAAUGGCUUUUGGCCGCUUGACAGGAGACAAGCAAUUGCUCAGGCUUUGCUUAAGAACGUAGAUUUCAAGAGUGAGUAUCAUUGUGACAAGAAAUUCCACUCUGCAGAAGAAUUAGCUGAACAUGUUGAAAUCUGUGGGUUUAGAACAUUAACUUGCACAAAUGAAGGCUGCACUGCACUAUUUUGUGCAAACCACACAGAACAGCAUGAUUCCAUUUGCCCUUUCAAGAUAAUUCAAUGUGAACAGAAGUGUUCUGCCUUUAUUAUGAGACGUGAAAUGGAUCGCCAUUGCAUAACUGUUUGUCCAAUGAAGCUUGUGAAUUGCCCCUUCCAUAAUAUGGGUUGCCAAUUCCCUGUUCCUUACUCUUUGAUUGCGCAGCAUUGUACAGAGAGUUUUGAUUCUCAUUUGCUGCACAUUCUUCACUCUAUUCACAAGGAAGCCAAUGAAGAGACUCUUAAACAUCGACGACAACAGCUUGAAGAGGCAGCAUCACUUGACCACCUUAGAGGGCUUCAAAACUUGAGAUUGCUAACCAAGAAAAUCAAAGAAAUGGAAUCUGAGCUAGGACCAUUGGUAAUCAUCGCCGAGGUUGAGGAAACAGAAGAAGCGAAGGACGCGUCUAACAAAACUGAAGAAGGGAAGGAGACGUCUAAUGCAACUGAAGAAGCAAAGGAUGCCUCUAAUGCAACCGAAGAGAAGAAAGACGUGUCGAAUGGAACCGAAGAAACAAAGGACGCAUCUAUUGCAGCUGAAGAAACGAAGGAUGCGCCUACUGCAAUUCAAGAAAGGGAAGUCGUGUCUACAGCAAUCGAAGAAACAAAGGGCACUUCAGGUGAAGGAGAAGAAGCCAAUGAUGCUGAAAAAGAAGAAACAAAGGAUGCCAUUAUUGCUACUGAAGAAGGGAAUGCUGUGCCUACUGCAAUUCAUGAAAGGGAUGUCGUGUCGAGCGCAAUUGAAGAAACGAAGGACGUUUCGCCUAAGGAAACAGAAGAACCGAAUGACGCUUCUAAUGAAAAAGAAGAAGCCAAUGACGCUUCAAACGAAAAAGAGGAAACCGAAGAUGCAUCGACUGUAAUUGAAGAAACAAAGGAUGGUUCUGAUUCGAUCGAAACGAAGAAUGCUUCUGAUGCAGCAGAGGAAGAGACAAAGGAUGCUACGAACGCAGAGGAGGAAGAGACAACGGACGCUUCGAACGCAAAGGAGGAGGGAGAAGAAGCGAAGAAGGAAACUGAAGAAAGCAAGGAGGGCGACAAUGGAAGUGAAGAAAGGAAAGGUCCAUCUAAAGGAAUGGAAGAAAGAAAGGAUGAUCCAGAUGAAGCUGAGAGAUAAAAGAAAACAAUUUUCUUCGCGACGGAAUGCUUCGUUUCCCUUUCCGUUCCCCCUUCCCGUCAUCUUUUCUCUAUUAACUUCACAUUCUUCAUAUUCUUUCUUAUAUACUAUGAUUCAUUGAUUGAUUAUGCAUAAACUACGUGUAUGUCUUAUA